AUGAUGGUUAUCGUUGGAGCUAGCAUGGCUACAGGGCAAUAUGCAAAAGGCUCAAGUGACCCUUUAGGUACAGAUGUGAUUGAUCUUGAAGAACCGAAAGCCAACAAAGCUGCUGCCCCUCAUGAAGAGGUUUCCCAAUCACCCACUUGUGGCGAGUCAGCUGCUCCCAAGUUGAAGAAAGCCAAAACCAAUCCUUCUGCAGAAUACAGGAUGCAUGCAACCAUAAUGGCUUCAAGUGAAAGGCUUGCUGUUGCCAUAGAGAAACUUAUUAGCAGCGCCAACCCCGCCAUUGAUGGUCUUUGGGAUGAGAUGAAAGAACUCCCUGGUUUUGAUUUGGAUUCCCUUGCACAUUACUAUGCCUAUUUGGUUGACAAUCCUCGUGUUGCAACGGCAUUCAAGGUCUUGGGACAUGUCCAGAGAAAGGUUUGGGUCUCUAGGUAUGUGAAGAGUACCUUUAUGGUUCAUCUCUAG